AUGUCUUCCCACGGCUGGAGCCCCAUUGUUGGGAUGCUUUGCGUCUGGGCUGCUGCUGCUGCCUGGCUCCCGGGCUCCGGGGCAGUGUUGUCUCCAAACGGGACAAUGUUCGAGGACAACUGCAAGAGAACCACAACCUGCGAGGCCCUGAAGUACAACACAUGCCUGGGGUCUCCUCUGCCCUACACCCACACCUCUCUGGUCCUGGCUGAGGACUCCAGCACACAAGAGGAGGCUUUUGAGAAGCUGACCAUGUGGUCUGGUCUGAGGAACGCUCCUCGCUGCUGGUCGGUCAUCCAGCCGCUGCUCUGUGCUGUCUACAUGCCCAAGUGUGAGAACGGUCGGGUGGAGCUGCCCAGCCAGACCCUGUGUCAGGCCACACGUCGGCCGUGCAGCAUCGUGGACCAGGAGCGAGGCUGGCCCACUUUCCUCAAAUGUGACCAAUUCCCAGUGGGAUGUUCGAAUGAGGUGCAGAAGCUGAAGUUCAACACGUCGGGCCAGUGUGAAGCUCCUCUGGUGAAGACGGACAUUCAGUCAAGUUGGUACAAAGACGUGGAGGGCUGCGGCAUCCAGUGCGACAACCCUCUGUUCACCCAGAGCGAGCACAACGACAUGCACGUCUACAUCGCCUACUUCGGCACCAUCACGCUCCUCUGCACCUUCUUCACUCUGGCCACGUUUCUCGCUGACUGGAAAAACUCCAACCGCUACCCAGCCGUCAUCCUCUUCUACAUCAACGCCUGCUUCUUCGUGGGCAGCAUCGGCUGGUUGGCCCAGUUCCUGGACGGAGCGCGCGAAGAGAUCGUGUGCAAGAGCGACAACACCAUGCGACUUGGGGAGCCAUCGUCCUCGGAGACGCUGUCAUGUGUCACCAUCUUCAUCAUCGUCUACUACUCCCUGAUGUCCGGCGUGAUCUGGUUCGUCAUGCUCACCUACGCCUGGCACACGUCCUUCAAAGCCCUGGGCACCACACAGCAGCCGCUGUCUGGCAGAACCUCCUACUUCCACAUGGUCACCUGGUCCAUCCCCUUCGUCCUCACCGUGGCCAUCCUGGCUAUCGCUGAGGUGGAUGGAGACUCAGUGAGCGGGAUCUGUUUUGUGGGUUAUAAGAACUACAGAUAUCGGGCUGGGUUUGUGCUGGCACCAAUUGGUGUCGUGCUUGUUGUUGGUGGCUACUUCCUGAUUCGGGGGGUCAUGACCUUGUUUUCCAUCAAGAGUAACCACCCAGGACUACUGAGUGAGAAAGCGGCGAGCAAAAUCAACGAGACCAUGUUGAGACUGGGCAUAUUUGGUUUCCUCGCUUUCGGGUUUGUUUUAAUCACCUUCGGAUGCCACUUCUACGACUUCUUCAACCAGGCUGAGUGGGAGAGGAGCUUCAGAGAAUAUGUGCUGUGUGAAGCCAACGUGACGAUCGCCUCUCAGACCAACAAGCCAAUCCCAGAAUGCACCAUUAAAAACCGGCCGAGUCUAAUGGUGGAGAAAAUAAACCUGUUCUCCAUGUUCGGGACCGGAAUCGCUAUGAGCACCUGGGUCUGGACUAAAGCCACCAUCCUCAUCUGGAAACGCACCUGGUGCAAGAUUAUCGGCCGCAGCGACAACGAGCCCAAGAGGAUCAAGAAGAGCAAGAUGAUCGCCAAGGCGUUUGCGAUGAGGAAGGAGCUCCACAAGGACCCGGAGAAGGAGCUGUCGUUCAGCAUGCACACGGUGUCGCACGACGGGCCAGUGGCUGGAAUCAAUUUUGAAAUAAAUGAGCCUUCCAAUGAAAUGUCGUCGGCUUGGGCGCAGCACGUGACAAAGAUGGUGGCCCGGCGAGGUGCCAUCCUGCCUCAGGACAUUUCUGUCACACCCACAGGCACACCAGUGCCACCUCCAGAAGAGAGGAAUAGACUGUGGAUGGUGGAGGCUGAGAUUUCACCUGAGAUGAUAAAGAGGAAGAAGAAGAAAAAGAAGAGGAAGAAGGAGGUGCGUCCAGUGAAGGAGGUGACGGAGCACCAGACGUAUCAUCAGCGUGAGUUUUGCCGCAGCUCGGUGCCUCGUCUGCCCAAGCUGCCCUGUCACCCGAGCCUGGUCGCCAACCUGCAGGAACAGCAGAAGCUGGAGGAGGAAGUCCUACCAGGGUCCUAUCCCGACUUCCAAACCUCACACCCUCUGUCCUGUGUGGAGCGAUGUCCCUACCCACCCUACCAGAGCAGCCAGAACAGCUACGGCCGCAGCCUGCUCUCUAAUCCUCUGACCUUCAGCGAUCUUCCAGAGGAUCUGGGUCUCGGCCCUCGCUGUCCGCCCUCUGCCUCCACCUGGCAGCCAAGCAGAUCAUCUCACUACCCCCGGGAGGUGCAUCUCACCGACGGGCUGUCAGAGAGGUUGGCCCACGUGGCUCGGGUCCCAGCGGGCCGCAGGGUCGGCUAUGGGCCCAUCCACUCCCGGACCAAUUUGAUGGAAGCGGAGCUUAUGGACGCUGACUCUGACUUCUAAGACUAAAGCUCCGUACCGUCUCUCUCUUUGCGGUACACAGACAGUAAGCUAUGAAAAGUGCUGGAUACUUCUUAAUUCUUACUAAAGUGCACCAACAAUGUCCAGACUCAAGACUGAACUGAGCUGGUCAUUUUUAUUUUCUUUCAAAUUUUGUUUUUCUUCUUUUUUUAAAGGAAAAGGAUAAAGUAAAAAAAAAAACAAGUUGUGAAUAAGUUAAAGAAUAAUUUUGUACUUUGUGUCCAAUUGAAUUUCAAAGGCAACUUCAUGAUGAUGAUACAAAUGAGGCAGCUAAACUGUUCGUGGCUUGAAACAAUAUAGAUUAUUAGUUUGAAACCCUAUUAGCUCAACAUUCAACUCAAAAUGUCAUGAUUGCUAUUUGACCCACUCGUCUAAUUUUGGAGAUCACAAUAAAAGGUGCUGCAUUUAUUGUUUUUGAGCUGUAAUCCUAGAAAACCUACUCUCAUAAUACAGAAAACCUCGACUCAUACAUUAAACCACACAACUACAGGCUGCCUGCAAAUACUUUUGAACCCAGGUCUUCUCUUGUAUUAUAUGUUAAUGUUUGUUUCGCUCUUCCCACCAAUAUUUAGCCAAUAGUUAUAUGUGUUUAUGUACAGUUAACUAGAGGUACUUACCGCUAUCCCCUGCUCUAUUAGUACUAAUAUCACUGUCACUAAAGGAUUGAUUUCUUUAAGAGUUUGUUUUUACACACUGGGAUGUAAACUGAAGCCAUGAAGAACUGAAGGAAAAGGUCAAGCUUGACUCGUUUAGCUCACAGCAGUUUCACAGCUUCUAGGCACGGUCACAAAUACACAGAGGUAACAGUUCACUUCCAAUCUGUGCAAGUGAGGAGGCAAACAAAACACUUGCAAAGCAAAUCCGCUACAACUUUGCUGAACUUUGAAUUACUUUGAACUUUGUAAUAUUCAUCUGUGUGCGCAUAUGUAAGACUCCGACCUCACGCUGUGGUUAUUUACAUCACUUUUUGUCUAAAUUACCCAAAUGUCCUUAUGUUCUUUGAUUUCUUAACAUCAGCAAAGCAACAGAAACAUGAUUUUAAUGUUAAUCAGCUCAUAGAACUAAAUGUUACUGAGCUAAGAUACAUCGAAAUGAUCUGUUGCCUGGUGCAACACUUAAUGCAGUCAACAUUUUUUUCUGAAUGCGUUCUUUUUGUAUAUUACAGAAAAAACUACAUAUUACAUUAUACAAUUAUUUUUAAAAGGGUUAUUUUUUUACAGCAGUGUUCGUACGUUAGUUCAUCUGUUGUAAAUAUUCAGUCUAAACUGGGCUUCGUGUCUUUUUCUCUUCAGUCCAGAUUUAAACUCCUCUGUCUUUUACACUGCAAUGGACAUAAAAAUAUUUUUUUUAAAUCUGAA